UAUAAAUACGCGCUAAAGCACGCCCUCAAUCUACAGGAUGAGGUGACUUCUUGAGUGAGGUAAAGAAACAAUCCGUGAAGUUAACCUAAGACUUGACAUCUAACUCUACAUUAAACUCAAGAUGUCGGGCUAUUCGGAACCUGUUGAUGUGGAGGCAUUACAAUAUGCGACGAAAGCACUUCUUAUCAUCUUCAUUAUUGUCAUUACCAUCUCAAACGGUGCUCUCGUCAUCAAAAUCAUGAGACGAAAACAUUUUCUCUACAGCCCAAAAUAUCUGCUGCUGAUAUCACUGGCUGUUGGGGAUAUUUUCCUGGCACUGUUCGCCUUGGUUAUACAGGCCAAGAUAAUGUUUCAGAUGCAUGAGUUAGGAUUAGAUGGAUGCCGGAUAGGGAUGUACUCUAAUGUGUACGAAAACUAUCUCCUGAAUUUUGUGUACGGAAUCGGUCUUGUUGUUUUGUCAGCUGAAUUGGUGUAUCGCCGAAGAUCAAACAGACCAAGAACAACAACUCAUUUCGACUUGAUUCACAGUUUCCUGAUCAGUAGCGUGCCUUGGUUUCUGGGUUUGAUCAUCGUUUUACCACUAGCAAUGGCAGGCCAAGAUCCAGACAUGUGUAGACUUAGCUUUACACUUGAAAGAACCAAUGCACAGAUUGUUGUGUCCAUGGUACUCCCUGCUUGUCUGGCACUGGUCACAGCUGUUGUUGUCGUCUGCUUCAAGAUGGACCGUGGUUAUGUCCAGCACUUAGAGAUGACGUCAGGUGACCAAACUUUAGCCAGUGGUCAAGGUACUGAUGGUAUUGUAGCACAACACCGACAACAAGAUGCAUUAAACUUGCCUCCAUAUAAUGCUAAUCAACCUUACUAUCCACCACAAAAUCCACCUUACUAUCCACCACAAAAUCCAACUAAUUAUCCACCACACAAUCCACCUUAUCCACCACAGGGAUGCUACCCUCAUCAAGGUUAUAUUAACAACAGUACCAACGUCAACAACCUGACAGUUGUGGUAAACGACAACGUACCAACGAUACCAUCGACCAACGCCAUCUACCCAGAACAAAACAAGAUUCUCUCUCUAGCGCUGAUCUUCUUUUUUCUGGUGACACCGUUAGCCGUUUAUUACCUGGUGUCUUUAAAUGGCACUAUGACGUCAUCAGCGCUGACCAAUAUUGUGUUUGGACAGGGCCUGAUGUGGCUCAUGCUGCUUAGGCCUUUCGUCACUGCCGUCGUCACCUCACAAACAGCCUACCUAACACAGAUGUAACUGUCUAAUUCUCCUCAACAAACAGCCUACCUAAUACAGAUGUAACUGUCUAAUUCUCCUCAACAAACAGCUUACCUCACACAGAUGUAACUGUUCAAAUCUUAACAAACAGCCUGUCUAAUACAGAUUUAACUGUCCAAAUGUCCUUAACAAACAGCCUGUCUAAUACAGAUGUAACUGUCCAAAUUUUUUUAACAAACAGCCUAAUACAGAUGUAACUGUCUAAUUCUCCUCAACAAACAGCUUACCUCACACAGAUAUAACUGUCCAAAUGUCCUUAACAAACAGCCUAAUACAGAUGUAACUGUCCAAAUGUCCUAAACAAACAGCCUAAUACAGAUGUAACUGUCCAAAUGUCCUUAACAAACAGCCUGUCUAACACAGAUGUAACUGUCCAAAUGUCCUUAACAAACAGCCUGUCUAAUACAGAUGUAACUGUCCAAAUGUCCUUAACAAACAUCCUGUCUAAUACAGAUGUAACUGUCCAACUCACCUUAACAAACAGCCUGUCUAAUACAGAUUUAACUGUCCAAAUGUCCUUAACAAACAGCCUGUCUAAUACAGAUUUAACUGUCCAAAUGUCCUUAACAAACAGCCUGUCUAAUACAGAUGUAACUGUCCAAAUCUCCUUAACAAACAGCCUGUCUAAUACAGAUGUAACUGUCCAAAUCUCCUUAACAAACAGCCUGUCUAAUACAGAUGUAACUGUCCAAAUGUCCUUAACAAACAGCCUGUCUAAUACAGAUGUAACUGUCCAAAUCUCCUUAACAAACAGCCUGUCUAAUACAGAUGUAACUGUCCAAAUGUCCUUAACAAACAGCCUGUAGCAGGCAGUGGGGGUUAUUCUGCAAUGUUCCACUUAGACGCAAGAAUACACUUAGAGCUUGAAAUCUAAAAAUCAUAUAUUUAAACAGAUCUAUAUAUAUACACACACACACACACAUUCUUAGGAUCGUGUUUAAAAACUAAAUGUUGUUUGAACAAUAAUAAAGGACUUAACAUUUC